AUGCCUUUCUAUUGCUGUCAGACGUUACUGGUGGCUGAUAAAGAAAGAGAAAAUAUGAACUAUUAUAAAAAUUCUAACCGUCAAGUAACCCACCAGAAUGUAUAUCGACGUCGUAUUAUAUCUAAGGAAAUGGCAUUUUACUGUUUCGACUUAUUAGCUAGUCAUUUAUAUCGUUUAAAGGAACCCGCUCGUCCCCUCUUCACCAACGAGCCCUUCCCAGUAUUUGUUACAUGGAAAAUUGGCCAUGAUAGGAGACUUCGAGGCUGUAUAGGCACCUUUUCAAUGAUGCCACUUCAUUCUGGAUUAAAGGAAUAUACCUUAUCUAGUGCUUUGAGAGAUGGUCGGUUUGCUCCUGUUACUAAAGAUGAGCUUCCUAAUUUACACUGUUCUGUCUCUGUAUUAACCAAUUUUGAAGAAGGAGUUAAUUUUCUAGAUUGGGAGAUUGGAGUUCAUGGUCUAAGAAUAGAAUUUCUCAAUGAGAAAGGUCAUAAAAGAACAGCUACAUAUCUACCUGAGGUUGCCAAGGAACAAGGCUGGACCCACACUCAAACGAUUGAUUCCUUGCUCAGGAAAGGGGGCUACAAGGGCCAUAUUAGCCCAGAGGUGCACAGUUCUAUCAAAGUAACUCGUUAUCAAAGUGAAAAAGUUACUGUUAGUUAUAGUGAAUUUAUGGCAGCAAAGCAACGGGGGGCAACAUAACAAUAAUAAUCCUUAGAAGUAGUGGGACAUGUUAAAAUCACAUACUGUACACAGGCAUUUUCUAUGAUAUCUAGCUAGAAGAUUUGGCACAGUUGUGUUAAGACAUUCGAACAUGUUGUAAACUUUAUUAUAAUAGUUAUAUGUGAAGAGGUGGCUUAUAUUCUAUUCUUUAGGUAUUUUUCUUAUUUAUAUUUUAGUUUCUUCACUAAGUUAGAAAGAACACAUUUUCUCCCUUCCUCCAGGUUUACUUAGCCUGCUCUUUAAAAAGAAAUCUAUCCUAUUCAAGGUUUGUACACUCUUUUUUCAGAAAUUUGGGUUUUCACCUUGUAAUUUCUUGAUAAUCAGAGAAGAUUUCUAGGCCAAAAGGACAGGAAUUGUUAAGGAAAAAAUUUAAGGCAUUUUUAGGUCCCCAUCAUACCCCUCUAAUAGGCCCUUUGCAGUUAACGGUCACGUGUCUGUACUGGUGAGCAACAUUUUAUUAUUAUUUUAAAUUGGUGAUUCUUUUUAGCUACUUGUAAAGAACUGAAUGAAAUGAU